AUGGAUCUCGGCUCAUGGGAUGGCAUCUCCACCAUGUCUAUUGUUUUUGUUUCAAUUGGUGGCGUGAUAGCCGUUCUCAGCCUCAUAAUUCUCGCCGCUACCCUCAUGGACAUUCCAAACCGCAGGAGGCGACAAGACGAUAAGGGAACGUUUUCCUCAGAAGAGAUGGAAAGGGACAGCAUAGAUUUCGAACUCUUGGAGAAGGAUAUUAUCGAGGUUACUGUGACAAGGAUGCCGAGCACAUCGCAGAGCAACCCAUCUCAAAGCAUAUAUGCUCCACGAAUGCCGUCAAUCCCAGUGUGCGAGUGGUUUACAAGGGAUCGAUCCGCCACGAAACCGUUGUAA